GUCCUGUGUAGGGCUGGGUUGCUGGGGAGGUUAAGAGGGAGGAGACAGGAGACAGAUGAAUCAUACAGUACUGCCCCACCUGCAGCUGGCAGUAAGUGAGCCUGAGCAAGGUGCUGUACUUUAUAGAGACCCGUGGGAGCCCAAAAGAGAGCUGGCCAUGCCUUAGAGGAGAUCCAGAGAGGCUUCCAGGAGAGACUGGCUGUUCAACUAAGUCCCAAUGGGUAAAUGGAAGAGCUGGAGACCAGUUUAUUCCAGACUCGGAAAGCACACAGAAUAGAACAAAUGGUAGCGAGAUGGCUUCGACGCUCCCGGGACAGCUCAGCCCGGGCUAAAAUCGCUGCAGCUGAUGUGCCUCCUGGGAACCCACCACAGGCCCUCACCCCUGUGAGGCACACAGUAAAGAUAGAAAAAGAUGCCCUCCUCCAGGACUAUGGAUUUCAGAUUUCUGAGACCCUGCCUCUCACAGUGGUGGCUGUCACAGCAGGAGGCUCCGCUCAUGGCAAGCUUUUCCCCGGUGAUCAGAUCCUCCAAAUGAACAAUGAGACCACUGAAGACCUCUCCUGUGAACGAGCAGUCGACAUUCUAAGGGAAGCCGAAGAGUCUCUUUCAAUCACAGUUGUUCGCUGCAUAUCGGGGGAUUAUAGGAGAGAUUAUCAAAUGCUUUACAAGAAUGAAGGAAUACUUCCAUAUCCACAAGACCCUGGCUUACCAAUCUGGAAUCCUAUCUUCAAAAGAAAAAUGAACUUGGUUGACUUUGACUUAUUCUUGGGAGUUCCCAAAUCUUCCUUCCUGACUGAGGAGAAGAGGGCCAGGCUGAAGACCAAUCCUGUGAAGGUGCAUUUUGCUGAGGAAGUGCUUGUCAGUGGACACAGCCAGGGAAAUUCUCUACUGUGUAUGCCCAAUGUGCUCAAGCUGUACUUGGAGAAUGGACAGACCAAAGCUUUCAAGUUUGAGGCAAACACAACUGUGAAGGACAUCAUCCUCACUGUGAAGGAGAAGCUGUCCAUCCGAAGUAUUGAGUACUUUGCCCUGGCCCUGGAAGAGCAGUACAACGUCUCACGUCUACACUUGCUGCAUGAGGAGGAGCUCAUCCAGCAGGUGGUAGAAAGGGAGGAGUUACAUGACUCCCGCUGCCUCUUCAGGGUGUGUUUUGUCCCAAAGGACCCCCUGGACCUCUUGAAAGAAGACCCUGUGGCCUUUGAGUACCUCUAUCUGCAGAGCUGCAGUGAUGUGCUCCAGGAACGUUUUGCUGUAGAAAUGAAAUGCAGCUCUGCACUCCGACUCGCAGCCCUGCACAUCCAGGAGCGGAUCUACGCAUGUGCCCAGCCACAGAAGAUCUCUUUGAAGUACAUUGAGAAAGACUGGGGAAUAGAGAACUUUAUAUCUCCAACUUUACUCCGAAACAUGAAAGGCAAAGACAUCAAGAAGGCCAUUAGUUUCCACAUGAAGAGGAACCAGAAUUUGCUGGAACCCCGACAGAAGCAACUUAUUUCUGCUGCUCAGCUACGUUUAAAUUAUCUACAGAUCCUUGGGGAGCUCAAGACAUAUGGUGGGAGAAUCUUUAAUGCUACUUUAAUGUUACAGGAUAGAGAAUCCUACAUUGCCAUUCUAGUUGGAGCCAAGUAUGGGAUUAGCCAAAUUAUCAAUAGUAAACUCAACAUCAUGUCCUCAUUGGCAGAGUUUGCCAACAUCAGCCGUGUAGAGCUGACAGAAGAGUCUGAGAAAGUGAGCAUGGUCAGAGUGUAUCUUCAGGACAUUAAGGUUCUAACAUUGCUGCUAGAAUCCAACAGUGCAAAAGAUCUAGCCUGCCUGAUUGCUGGGUACUACAGGCUGUUUGUCGACCCAGUUACCUCCAUUUUCCUCUGGCCUGGAAAUAAACAAGUGCACCGGGUGUCUGCUGAAGAAGGCUAUGAGUCCAGGGCCUGCAGUGACUCGGAGGAGUCCUCUGAAGUAGACUGUGUGCUGGAGCCUCUCUCGGACAGAUGCCUGGUGAAGCUGAGCCCCUGCAGAAUGUCUGUCAAAGAGGACCAGCUUCCUGGGAACAGCCCCACUCCCGAGCUGGCCAGGAGGGGUGCGAGCACUUGCGGGGCUGGCAGCGCCACAGACAGUGCCGAGUCUGAAGCAUCCGACUCAGCCAACACCGAGAGCCGAGGCUGCAGGACCAGUGGCUCCAGCGAGUCCAUGGAUGCCCUGGAAGAGGAUGACUUAGAUGCCUGCUCCUCCAGCAGGUCUGACUUCUUCCGCUUUGGCUCAUCAGGCUUCUCGGAAGAUCUUGAUUCUGACAGCCUAGAGGACAGGAACAGGAUUGAGACCAGUGGCUUCCUCUGUCUCCUGGACCUGGCCCAGAGUGCCAGUGCUCAGUGCCAGAAGAUGGAGUGUUCCCAACGGCUAGCUUCUGAGAACUGCAGCUGGGGGCCAGAAUUGAGUGUGGGCAGGUUGGACCCCAGGCUGUAUGAGGGCAGCCGGGACAACUACUACAGCCUGUGUUCCAGCGUCUCCCCAGCCAGCCACCUGAGUGACAGUUCAGAGAGCACAACUUCCAGGCAGGGGGUUAUCCUGCCAGCCUGGAGCCAGCAGGGCUGGACUGAGCCCCAGCCCAGCUCCACACUGGAAGCCCUGCCCCUGCGCCCACCGCUGGCCUUUGAGGAUGGCAGCUCGGAUGAGGAGUACUAUGAUGCAGCUGAUAAGCUCACACCCCCAGAUGUGCUCUCAGGACCCAGAGCGAUUUCUGCCAUAGAACCCAGUGCCACAGGCUUGCAGAGUAAGGCCAACACUUGCACUUGUGAUGAUGGCCUACACCCCAGGCCAGAAGGAAUACAGCCAAGUAGAAAGGGAGGAGCGAAGAAGUAUGCCAGGACCCUGAGGAAAAGAAGGUCCUUUCUGCAGACUGACUACACGUCUCAGGUCUCCUUCCCCCUGGUGCCAUCGGCCUCCCUGGAGAGUGUGGAUGACGUGUGCUACUAUGAUAGGGAGCCCUACCUGACUGUCAGUGCACCUUCCCCAACUGUGUCCUCCCUGCAGGACGUGCAAGGUGAACCAGGCCUCCUGGAGACCAAGGCCCUGGGGCUGCUGGCUCCCCUGAGGGAGACCAAGAGCAAAAACCCAGCCUCCAGGGUCAUGGAAAUGGAGCCCGAGACCAUGGAAACCAAGUCGGUCAUUGACUCUCGAGUGUGUUCUAUUUCUGCCAUUCGGUUCAGGAUUGACCCCAACAAUAAAGAGAAUUCUGAGGUUGCCUCUUUGGCUGCCACUGUUGACAGUUCCUCAGAAAGCACUCCUCGUGGUUCCAACCCAGGUUCCUCUGGCCCAGAGACUGCUCAGUCUAGGCCUUUCCAAAUUUUGUCUCCAUUUCAAGACUCCGAUGGCAGUGCCCCCAAAGAACUCAUCCUAGAGCUUGGGAACAGUUCCUUCCCCCUCUCCAGUGCAGACCCCAACCCAGACAGCCCAAGGCCACAUAAUGUCUCUCAAAGAGACUCACUGGAGCUGGGAGGCAUCCCAUUGGCAAUGAGAUUGGGAUCUUUUUUAACAAAUCAUAUUCAAGAAACUACCACCCAAUACACAGAGCUUUUGUUGUCUCCUGGAGAUGGACCUAGAAAUGAUGAAUGUGGAAUGAAUUCAAGAGAGAUGGCCACAUUCCCUACAAAAGAGGAGCAACUAUUUUUGGAAAGUGACAGUGAAGUUACAAACAAAUAUGAUACCAACUUAUUUCAGAAGGAAUCUGGGGAGAAUGCAGGUGGCCUGAAAGGUGAUAUGUCAAAUGUUGUUUCUCAGGCUCUUGACGUUAGUACUGCAGAUGGUGAAACAGUUACCUCCCUCUCCUUGGAAGCUUCUGGGACAGGCACUGAGCAGACCCCACUACAUACUCCCAAAGACCCCCAAGGACAAUGCAGAGAAGCCCAAAGCCAAGCCUUGCGGGCCCAAGAACAAAAACACUUGGCAGAGUUGGAUUUAGACCCUGAUUUUUUACUUGGGAAGCAGACUGUUCUAUCAGCCUUCCCUCCAGAGGGGGUCAAGGCAGAGUCACUUAACCAUGUCAUAGAGGAAAGUACAGCCCUUAGAGACACUCCUCAGCAGGUCUGUUUUAAUCCUUCCCUAACAAAGCCACAACCCUGCCAAGAGGAGUCCCACUAUGAAGCAUCAAACCAUUUUUCACUAUCAGAAAGCAAAGACAGCAGUUCUAGUAUUUGCCUUCCUACUGAGAAGUCUUUCCUCUGCUUUGCCCCAGAAAGGCAUCCUGCAGUUUCUGUCGGUCUUGGGAAGGCCACAUCUCUGGGUUUCGCAGGCAUGAAUGAGGAGGUAGUAGCCCCCAGGAUUGGGAUGGAACAGUGUAGCUGCCAGUUCUCCUAUGCCACAUGCUUUCGUGGCCCACAGCCUGACACAGAGGAAGAAGACAGGGGCCCUGAGGCACACCCCAUGGCCCCGCUCACCUCACCACCCUCUGCAGGAAGCAGGAUGGCUCUGCCUUGGAGGCCUGCCCGGUCUCACAGCUGCAGCACAGCACUGCUGUCAAGGGAAAGCCACAUCUGGCCUGAGUACUGUUCCAGGGCACUGAGACAGCUGAAAGCUGCCCCUACUAGUACCCCUGAGGGCUUCAUCCAACUCAUGGAAAACUUGCUGGAACUACAAGACAUCCUAGAAGCUUCCUGGGGAGUUGGAAACAAACACCCCCCAGAAAAGUGCACCUGGCACUUUUCAGAAAGCCGGAGCCGCCUCUGCAUGGGCUCUCAGAAGCUCCUUUCGAGCUGUCAGCAUGUGAUCAGAAUGGACCAGUCCCCUGAAGAGAUGCAGGGUGCUGUGUGUGACACCUUCCAGCACCUGGUCCAGCUGGCUGGCUUGUGCUUCCAGUUCACAGACUGCAGCCGUUGCUCUGCCCGGCACAGGGAAGCAGCUGGGAACCUGAGGGAUGUGGUGUUCACCUACCAACAGUUCGUGGAGGCUGCAAAAUUGACCUGUGAGAGAGGCUAUCAUGACCUGAGUGUGAAACUCUUGGCCCGUCAGUGCACAGCCCUCACGGCUGCUGUGUUCUGUUUGACCCAGAAGUUCAGGGCAUCCACUGCCCUAUGAGCAGGUCAACUGCCCAGGGGCUCCUUCCCUUCCAUGGACACUUCCCCAAGGACCCCCUUCCAGUCCCCCUGCCCCCAUUCAAAUGUUUACUAUACAGAGUAUUCAAAUAAACUGCUGCUUAAUCUUGACCUGAA